AUGGAUGAUUUUUUAUUAGAGAAAAUAUAUAUUACAGAUGAAAGAGAAUAAGUAUUUUUAAUUAAUGCUUUUGAAAAUGUAAUAAAGUUGAAUCUCCCUAAUAUUGUGUAAUACUUUGAAAUCGAUUACAAUGAAAAAGAAAGAUGCAUUGAGGUUUUAAGGAGAUUCUAUCAAACUAAAUUGUUAGAUUACAAAAUUAGAAACAAAUUUUUAGUUGUUACUAUAACUCAACAACUAUUUUAAACUUUGGCUUCCCUUGAAGGAUAUGGAGUACAUUUAUUAGGAUUAAAAGCGACAAAUAUUUUUUUUGAAAAUGACAAUAUCUACAUUAGUGGAUUUGUGAGAUCAGAAAAGUUUUUGCUUUCAUAACCGAUUUUCCAAUCUAAGCAUCUAAAGGGUUUUAUCUAAGAUUGCAUAACAACUAAGAAAUACAAUAUCACUUAAAGAUAUUAAAGGAAAUCUCAUGCCAUGAUUUAUUCUGCAUUGGCUGUGUUAUUACAAUUUAUUUUAAAUGAAGAAUUUGAAUAGAUAGCCAAUAUUAUUAGAUGGUUGGAUAAUGGGGAAGACAAUUUAAAGGCCGUUCCAAGUACUUAAAAAUUACUAGCAAUUAUUGAAGAAAAAUAUGAUUGCAUGAGAAUUUUCAUAGAGUAAGCAAAGUGUCUUUUGGCUAAUGAAUUUCAAAAUCCAACAGAAGAUUUGGCCAUUCAAAUGAUGCUGUUAGCCUCUGAACUCAGAUUCGAGAAUAAUAUUAUAGUGUUAGGAGAAUACUAUAGUUUAAAAUAAAAGGUAGAGGUUAAAUAACAAGAUACUGUAAUUUAGCAACCUAAGGAGUCCAAUACCCAAGUGAUAAAUAUUAAGCAGAAAGCAAAAACGACUAAAUCUAAAAGAUGUGGGGGAGGAUUUGAUGUUAAUUAAAAAAAAAAAGAAUGA